UUAGGAGCACAUCCAGAAGCCUUUGAGGAGGGGGAUGGCUCUUCAUAUUCAUGAAGCUUGCAUACUUCUUUUGGUCAUCCCUGGAUUGGUCACCUCUGCUGCCAUCAGUCAUGAAGACUAUCCUGCUGAUGAAGGUGACCAGACCUCUAACAAUGACAAUCUGAUUUUUGAUGACUAUCGAGGGAAAGGGUGUGUGGAUGACAGCGGCUUUGUAUACAAGUUGGGAGAACGAUUUUUCCCAGGGCAUUCCAACUGUCCAUGCGUCUGUGCUCUAGAUGGACCUGUUUGCGACCAGCCAGAAUGCCCCAAAAUUCACCCAAAGUGUACUAAAGUGGAACACAAUGGAUGCUGUCCCGAAUGCAAAGAAGUGAAAAACUUUUGUGAAUAUCAUGGGAAAAAUUACAAAAUCUUGGAGGAAUUUAAGCCCUCUCCAUGUGAAUGGUGUCGCUGUGAGCCCAGCAAUGAAGUUCACUGUGUUGUAGCAGACUGCGCAGUUCCUGAAUGUGUCAACCCAGUCUAUGAACCAGAACAAUGUUGUCCUGUCUGCAAAAAUGGUCCAAACUGCUUUGCAGGAACUACGAUAAUUCCGGCUGGCAUUGAAGUGAAAGUGGAUGAAUGUAACAUCUGUCACUGUCACAACGGGGACUGGUGGAAGCCUGCUCAGUGUUCAAAGCGCGAAUGCCAAGGCAAGCAGACUGUGUAGAAGAGAUUCCCACCCGAUGACAAGUUCUUAGGAGAGGAUGCUAUGGCUUCUACACUGCACAUGUUUAAAAUGAGACAGAACAAACAAACAAACUCCUGCCAGCUCCAACAGGGUCACCAGCAAAACCUUUUAGGGUUGACAAAAGUGAUUAUUUUACUAAGAGGAAAUUUCUCCCUUUCUUUCUUGCUAUAUAAAAUAUAUAUAGUAUACAGCUAUCAAGACCGCUUUUGUAAUUAUCCACGCUUGAUGGUGACUUGACAACCGGAUUUCUGGAACAAAAAGAAAGAAAUAGCCUUGUACAGGCUUCUCUGGUGACACCUCUGGCCCGCCAGCUCACCAUCUACCGACUUAUUCCAUUUUCACUCUUCUGUAAACAUGGCAUUUCUCUCUUGUAAUAAUUUACUUUUUUCCUUUUUAGAGUCUGAGGGGCCAGUGAGGUUGUGAGUUGUGUCAAACUCUGGUAAAGCAGUGUCAGGGGUAAGGACAUUUCCUGAUUAGGAAGAUGCAGAAGUAUCCAUCACUCCCCUUGAGGGAAUAACGCCCAGCAGGGUCAGAAGAGAGAGGUGCACACAGACAGACCCUCUGCUGGGCUGAGAGGGGACCCGGUGCUUGGUGCAUUACGCAGGGACUCACAAUUCAACUCUUACAAACCACACAUUUCAUACACAAAACCUUGAAACUGCCAAUCAAACACUAAUAGGUGAAGAAUACUUGAGCUUGACUAAAGAAUCUAAAGGGAGACAGGUAUUCAAAAUUGCAGUGUUAAUCACCAGACUUUCUCACGAUGCUGAAUUUAAGUUCGGCUUAUAAUGAAACAUACUCUAAAACCCUCUCUGUCACCUGGCACGAUAAAUACCAGAACAGUAGGUAGCCCCACUGUGAAUCUGAAUCCUUCUGAACACUUCCAGCUUUGGAGUUCAGAUUUGGCUGGGAGCUGGUAGUAUACACAGGCAGUUUUUCUGGUUCAGGACUGUGUUUGCUAUAUCAUAGUAAUGACCUCUCAGCCCUACAUCUAAAACACAGAUUCAGGACACUCUUUCCACCUCAAGUGCUGAUUAAAACUACAGAUUAGGGUAGAGUGGGUCUUGCACAAUACAAUUCCAAUAGUUGAACAUUUUUUUAAAUGUAUAUAUUAGAUACUGAACAGUUAAAGUGAACCUUUGAAGAGUCUCAAGGUUGCCCUGGUAAUGCUGCUAGUGUAGUAACUGAAAAAAAAUAAAACACACAGGGUAUCUGAUGCCACCUCGAUUCAAGUGCAAAUUUAGCAAUUCUGAAACCACAUGGCAUAGUUAGUUGCUUAUUCCACUCUCCUGUUUUGAAAACCCUGGCGCAAGUGGGGGAGGGUCCUUGAGGACACUUGAAGGUUGUCUUCAUCAUCGAUGUCCUUGUCUGUUCUGCUCCCACCCCCACCGGGGCUUGGCCACAGCUCCAGGGGAGUGUCACAUCCCAGUACAAGGUCUCUCAACUUUAGCACUAGUGGCAUUUGGGGCCAGACAAUUAACUGUGGUUGGGAGCUGUCCUGUGCACUUUUAGGAUGUUUAGCAGCAUUUGGGGCUUCUCGCCACUAAAUGCCAAGAGCAGCACCCUAAUGGUAACAACAGAGUAUCUCCGGACACUGCCAAAUGUCCCCAAGGCAUGGGGGAGGGGCCAAAUUCACCUGGUUGAGAACCAGUGGCCUAGAAUAAUCAGUAUAGAGUGAUUUCCUACCAGGGGGACAUACCGGGCAAGGUCUGGCUGAGGCUAUGGCUUUGGUGAGAGCUCUGAGCCCUUCGGGAUAGGCACAAUCAGCAGCCCUGAGAGGGUAAGUCAGUCCCCUCCAAAGGGGGUGAUGCUUCUGCGCCACAGGUCCAGCCUCAGGACACACAUUUCUUUAGUGUCAUCAACUGGGUUUUCAUUUAAUAUCGUCAAGCCUCUCCUCCUUGGGAGCACCUCCUGUCAUCAAGAAAGAGUUGUCAUUUCCAAAAUUAAUGUGUUGAAGAGUCGGACCUGGCACUUCUCAUGCACACCAGGCUUGUGUUAUGAUACAAAUAGCCUGGCUGGCGCCAUCUGAGGGAGAACGUCAAGCUGCCUUCCCUUUAGAACACCAAUUUGCAGCAAGGUUGGUGCUUGUCAGUUGCCACCCUGGAUACAUCAUAUAGACAGUCAUGAAUCAUUCAUGAACAAUUCUGCAUGAUUUAUGCCUGCACUCCAAAGUAAAGGCACUCUACACUUCAGCGUGUGUCUAGACAGAGAUGUAUUAUAGAGCUUUCUUUGCCCUGAGGUUGCCUAUUGCCAGCUUCAAAAAUUUACACUCUUGGAAAGAAAGAAUAAUAAUAAUAAAUGACAGGAAUAAGGUGUGAAACCCAGAAAACAUCAUUAAUAGAGCCAUGUAGCAUAGUACCCUAUCUAUUAUUAAGGAGGUACUAUGUCCUUUUUAGAAAACAAAAGGAGGGAGCAACUGGGAAGCCAGGGUACAGAAAUUUUGCAUCAAAGUCUUGGCACAGUGAUAGUCACCACAGCAAGAAUUUCCUAGAACAGAGUAAAAUAUCCAUCCAUCAAGAAACUCUCUACAGAGUUUGCAGAAUGAAGGCUGUUCAGUGGCCUCUGCUCCAGCCAGAGAGAGGGAUUUUCUAUUGUUGUCCUUGGAUUU